ACCCGUGUUUCGUGUUCUGACUGUUCUGAACAGUUUCAGUCCUGUCUGGAAUGUUGUAUUUUACAGCACCGUGUCGUACCUGAGAUGGUUCGAGUGCAGUUUUGCAGUGCAGUCUAUAUCAGCAAGUCGUUUGACUGACCAGAAGAAACGAAGGUGCCAAGGUUUUAAACACUGAGAUCCUUAAUCUCAUGACACCAUGGACUUCCAAGUACAGCUCCACAAAAUAGAGCAAGCCCUGUGCAAAAAUGAAACCGAGGCACUCGCCUUCUUAUGCAGAGACAUCAUUGAUACAGACCUCAGCAAAGUAGCGUCUGCAUCGCACCUCUUCACAAAGCUAAAGAACAUGGACCUUUUAGAAGCCGAAGACGACUUUAUUGUUGCAGAGCUUUUAUACCGAAUCCGACAGUUUUAUUUGCUCAAAAUAAUGGGAAGCAGUAAGGAGCGGGUUGAAAAAGAAUUGCCACAGAAAGGAAGAAUUUCAAACUAUAGGCAACUGUUAUAUGACCUGUCUGAGGACAUAACCAGAGAGGAUCUGAAAAGUGUAAAGUUUCUAUUGCAAGACACCCUUCCGCGAUGCAGACUUGAAGAUGACAUGACUAUGCUUAAACUUCUCAUAGAGAUGGAGAAAGAAGACCUCUUAGACCGAAGCAACCUGGAAACGCUAGAGAAAGUCUUACAAAUCAUCUCCCCUAGUUUAGUGAAAAAAAUAUCCAAGUAUAAAAAUGAAAACGAAGGCGGAUCGGAUAAGAUAAUGCGAAGACGAGGGGCCACGGCAAGGGACGAGAGACAAGCGCAAGAGCACAGCUGCCUGACUGGCUGCGCCCCGCGGUUUUCUGCAAGUGGAACGCUGAAACAUAAGGUAUACUUGGAGAAAGAGAAUCCAUUGCGAGACGGGAACAGGGCAAAACCACGUCGGAUGGCAGAAAUGGGGAUACUAGGGAUUAAGAGCGACAACGUCUGUGCACACCGGGACAAGCACACAUGCGGACUACAACUUUCAACUUUUUCUGUUUCAGAUGCUUUAAAUAUUGUUUUCCAGUGGCUGGGAUUCGACACUGUAUGUUUAAAUGACUUGACUAAAAAUAAAAUACUGAAAGAAAUAAGUCAAUACCAAAAUAUAACAGACCACAAAGACAGAGAUUGCUUUGUGUGCUGCAUCCUCAGCCAUGGAGAGAAGGGAAAGAUAUAUGGGACCGAUGGACGCACCGUUUUAAUAAGUGAAAUAACCAAACCUUUCUCGGGCAAGAAUUGCCACCACUUGAUUGGAAAACCUAAAGUGUUCUUCAUUCAAGCUUGUCAAGGCAAGGAAGAACAGUCAAGUGUCCCAAUAGAGGCUGAUAGCUACACUCCAGAAAUUGAAGAGGAUGCCAUGGUCCUUGAUUCUAUUCCUGAGGAUGCUGAUUUUCUGGUUGGCAUGGCAACCGUGGAAAAUUAUGUUUCCUACCGAGACACAUCUAAAGGAACAUGGUACAUCCAGAGUCUCUGCCAGAGCCUUCUAGACCUGGUGCCAAGAAGAGAAGACCUAUUGGCCAUCCUGACAAAAGUAAACAUGGCUGUUAGUCAGAAAACUGAUAAACUCAGGAUAAAGAAGCAGAUUCCACAGCCGGCCUUUUCAUUAAGGAAGAAACUGGUCUUCCCAAUUCCUGCUGAGCGCCCGCCAACCCUGCUGUAGCUCUAGGAGUCUUCAAUCACAGUUGUAUAAAGGGUUGGCUGUUGGCUGUUGCCCCCCUCCCCAACUCAACUCAGCUGUGCCAAGGCUACCCUUCUUACAGAGUAGUAAACUAAAGGGGGGCAGGAUGGGGCAGGGGACAAUUACGAUUUGACUGUAUUUUAUGAAUUUGAACUACAGUUUCGGUUAUAUCUCAGGAAGUAAAACAACAUAAUGAACUUCACAAAAUUUUAAGAUCAAUCAGCUAGUAGGAAGCUUUCUUAUAUUCUUAAUUGUGGUGGUGUGGAGCAGAUACUGUACUGUAUGUUGGAGGUCCCCUAAACCAGCUGCAUGCAGAAUCACACUGUGCCAGUUAUGAAAAAAAAAAAAAAACACUUUUUGUGCUGCAUAUAUUAUUGAGUUAUCAUCAAGGGGGUAACCUCAAAACUAAGGGGGAUGGUUUGGUAGGCUGGACCACUAUAAAGGGGGUUCACGGGAUUAUUUUAAGGCAGAGUCAGUGGACAAGAAAAGGAAACCCAAUGCACAUGGAGACCAGGUCCAAACUCUGUACCUUGUGGCUUGCCAGCCCACAACUUAUGCACUGUACCGAAGAGCUGGGCUCUUGUUUGGACAAGCGUUUACAGACUUGAUGCUUGGCCUUCUCCUGCAGUACCUGAUUUAUGCCACAGGGGUUAGUCUCGUACCUACUCUCCCUACACCUCAUACCAUGGACUGGUCUACCAACAAGGUACAAUAUAUAAUCAUAUCGUUAUGAAUCGUUAUAUAUUUUGCAUAAAAUACCUUUACGUGUUGUAAUUUUACCAGAUAUUUUAGUCUCAACAACAACCUUCUUGGACAUUUGAAUUGGACACUGCAUUCCAAGAGCAGUGUAAGAAGAGGGUGUGUUCAAGGUGCUUUGAUA